GUUCACGAUCACUAUUAACAGUGUUUAUGCUACGAUACAGCAAGCUAUAUUCAAAACCUGAUAAAGGCUGCCAACAAAUCUAGUGUUUCACACAUUUGGCCGAAGCAGGAGUCUAAGGGUGCGGUCUCUAACAUCAUCGCGUGCUGUACUAGUGUUUUCUGGUAAGCAGGUACAUACGAGCAGACAAUAUGGCAGAUUCUACAUCAGUGGUAAAACCAAGUUGGAAUCCUAUACAAUUAAUAUGCGUGUGUGUAUUCUGUGUAGGACCUGCUGCAGUCUUUAGACUGCCAUAUAUUAUGUAUAGAUCUGGAGGGUCUGCUUAUUUGAUUCCCCACUAUUUCUUCCUGUUUGUGAUCUUCCUGCCUGUUGUUGUCCUGCAGAUGCGGGCUGGCUCUAUUACAGGGAAGGGAAUUGUAGCGAUGCCAGCGAAGUACAUGCCUAUCAUCAAAGGUAUAUCUGUAGCCUUAGUGUUGAAGACUCUUCUAGAGAACAUCUAUAUAGGUUCCUUGUUUGGUCAGAUGAUAUACUACAUGGGGGCUACUGGGAACCAGGCGUUGUUGCGACAGAUGUCAACAUGCAGCAAUCGUUGGAAUACUCCAAAUUGUUUUGAUCCGUUUGAUUUCAGUCAACAGAAUAGUACUACUUCGACCACUGCCAAUGAAUAUGGAUCAUAUAAUUACGAAAUGUAUAGACCAAAAAUACACCCAGUAAAGGAAUAUUACAGCAAUGCGUUUCUGGAGAUAUCAGAAGGAAUUGAAUACGCAGGGCCUGUAAGAGGUUUGUACUUAGUGGGAGUCUUGUCAUUCUGGAUUCUCAUGUUUCUCUCCACCUUUGCCGGCCCCAAUAUAUAUGGCUGGAUUAUGACUGGCGUAGCUCCUUUAUCUAUUAUCCUUGCUUUAGUAGUGAUGGUGCGAGGCCUAACUCUGCCGGGAUCUUCUGAAGCCGUCCUCUACACGACACAUCCGGAUUAUAGUGUCCUUCGAAGACCUCAACUAUGGUUGGAUGCAUUAGUAACCCAUUUAUAUGCUCUGGAAGUUACAAGCAUCACGUUGCCUACUAUUGGGAAACACACUGGCAAGGGGAAGAUCAUGAGUUGGUUGGCUCCUUGUAUUUUGAUUCUCGUGUACUCUCUUCUACCAAUACUGGCAAUGUUCACGUUUUGGUCAUAUCAGGGAUUUGUGGCCCAUCAGCUUGGAAUAUCGAUCAAUGACGUUCUACUUUCAGGCACAGAAUUUCUCACAGUAAACAUUGUAUCAGCUGUGUCGAUGAUGCCAAUGGGAACCGUUUGGGGACCGCUCAUUUUCCUCACGUUCCUUAUCUUCACUGGUCAAGGCAUGGCGAUGAGAGUCCUAGCAAUUGUUGAUAACAUCUCCAUACCAAACGUAGACAAGAAGCGUUUCUUACCGAGAAUGAUGAUAACUUUUCUAGUGUGCUUUAUUAGUUUCAUACUGGGAAUACCUUACACUCUUCAGUCUGGUCAAUAUUGGUUUUUCCUUAUGGACAAUUCUUUGUGGUUACCCGGAUUCUUCUAUAUGGCAACAAUUACAGUGGUGUAUUGUAUUUGUUAUGCCAAGACAGGGAAGUCAGUCGUGGAGAAGAUUUUCGUGCUUGCAAUACCAGGAUUUAUGUCUUUAAUUGUCACAAUUGGUUUAAUUCUCAUGUUGGCUUCUCGUGGAAAUGACGCCAUUUUUAUGGGUGAUUAUGUAUUUCCUUAUUGGAGUAAACACCUUGGUCGUGUUAUUGCCGCUGCUCCGAUUAUAAUAGGCAUAUUGGGAGGAGCAGUCCAUGCUGUGUUAACACAAGACGGCAACAUUGUUCAAAAAAUCAACAAAGCCUUCAUGGGAACAAGUGACAGACCGGAAAAUGUUUACCAGCAGACAGACCGCGAUAUUCCACUGAAUCAGGGUUACCCCCAACAAGGAUAUCCCCAACAAGUCUAUUCCCAACAAGGGUAUCCCCAACAAGUAUAUUCCCAACAAGGAUAUCCCCAACAAAGUUAUCCCCAGCAAGGAUAUCCCCAACAAGGUAAUCCCCAGCAAGGAUACCCAAAACAAGAUGACACCCAGCAGGUUGACAAUCCAAAUCUUGGAAAUACUGAUCUGCCAGAAAAAACAAAGUUAUAAUUCAAACGAAGUACGAGAUCCUUUAUGACAUAGCAACCUAUUUCAUUGUGACAUACUUUCACUGCGAUAUAAACCUUAUAUACAUGUACAUACAUAUUUUUAUCUUUGACAAUUUCACAAAUAAUAUUUUUACCGUUAUUAUUAUUUGUGGAUUUAACUACAAAAACAUUUAGACAAUU